CCGGAAGUUAUAACUCGCAUCAUGGCUCCCGCUGCCCCGAAAGUUCUCGUCCCUGAGUCGAUCCUCAAGAAGCGUCGUACGCUCGAGCAGGUGAAGGCCAAGCGUGUGGCUAAGGCCGCCGCUGACCGUGUGCACCGCAAGAAGGUCCGUCAGAUCGCAUUCAAGAGCGCCGAGAAGUACGUCAAGGAGUACCGCCAGCUAGAGAAGCAGGCUGUUACCCUGCGUCGUCAGGCUAAGUCGACCGGCAACUUCUACGUGCCUGCUGAGGCCAAGUUCGCCUUUGUGAUCCGUAUCCGCGGUAUCAUUGGCGUGUCCCCCAAGGUCCGCAAGAUCUUGCAGCUUCUGCGUCUGCGCCAGAUCCAGAACGGCGUGUUCGUCAAGCUUAACAAGGCCACCAUCAACAUGCUGCGUCUGGUUGAGCCCUUCGUGACCUACGGAAACCCCAACCUUAAGGUGACCCGUGAGCUGAUCUACAAGCGUGGAUUCGGCAAGGUCCGUGGCCAGCGUAUCCCUCUGACCGACAACUCGGUGAUUGAGAAGUCUCUGGGCCACGUCGGCAUCAUCUGUAUCGAGGACCUGAUCCACGAGAUCUUCACGGUCGGCGAGCACUUCAAGCAGGCCGCCAACUUCCUGUGGCCCUUCCAGCUGUCGUCCCCCAACGGCGGCUACACCAAGAAGCUUCUGCACUUCGCUGAGGGCGGUGACGCCGGCAACCGCGGUGCUGAGAUCCACAAGUUCAUCAAGCAGUGCCUGUAAGCAGUUCGUGUGGUCGUUUCUUGCGAGGUUUCUAUCAGCGACUUGGUGUUUGAACGAGCGUUAAGCUUGCUCAGAUGCUUUAACAAAUCGGUUUGAAAGAUAAAUGAAAAGGUCUAUUUGACUUAACCAA